AUGAGGACAUUAGUUUUGAAAUAUAUACUUCCAACCCUAAUACUUGGGUGUUACUCCUCACUGGCAGAAGAAGAGCGUUGGGAUUUGGAUGCCUAUUUUGAGGAUUUGGACAAUGGUCCUAAUACCCAAGAUCGCAUUGUUGGUGGUGCCAAUGUGCCCGAAGGAGAGUUUAUCAAGUACCAGGUCUCAUUGCAGUAUCUAAAAAACAAUACACAUCGACACUUUUGUGGGGGAUCCAUUAUUUCCCCAAGUCGCAUUCUAACUGCAGCUCAUUGUGUUGUGGGUCAUGGUCCCGAAAAGUUUUCUGUUCUGGCAGGUGUAACCAACUUAAAGGACCCCGAUGGCAUACGAUCUCAGGUGACUGCCAUUGAUACUCAUGAGAACUACAAACCGGUGAAUGGAAAUGACAUAGCCAUAUUGUCUAUUGAGCCACCAUUUGAAUUGGAUGACACUCGUAUGGGGACCAUUAAUGUGGAAUAUACCGAUGAAGUGGGAAAAGGUGAGGAAACAAUUCUUACUGGUUGGGGUUCAACUCGUCAUUCGCGUAAAUCACCACAUUAUCCAAAUGAAUUGCAAAUGCUGCAAUUCAAAACUAUCAGCAAUAGAGAAUGUAAGAGAAAAAUGAGCAUGUUAACGGAUACGGAAAUUUGUGCCAAAUCUCAAAGACAAACGGGAGCAUGUGCGGGUGACUCUGGAGGCCCCUUGGCUAUGGAACGUAAUGAUGAAAUGAUUCAAGUUGGUAUUGUCUCAUAUGGUAGAGCCAGAUGUGGCUCGGAUGGUCUCGAUGUGUAUACGCGCAUCACUAUGUUUACUGAUUGGAUCAAGGAAAGAAUGUGUUCAUAG